AUGAGGUGCCCUAGUCUUUCUUUCUUUGUCCUCAUUGCCUUCACUUUCUUUACCCAGGUGCUUGCCAAGCACUUCCAUGGUGGUCUCCAUGCAUACAUUCGUUCCACCUCGGACGACUCGUUCUACCACCCGCCUUCGGGCUGGGAGAAUAAGCAGCCGGGUACCAUUCUCCGCUCGCGGAAGGUGGACAUCACCAACUUUGGCAUCCUGAAGCUGGGUGUCACUGGCUACCAACUUCUAUACCGCACGAACUCGAUCGACCCGAACACUCCUAUGACUACGGUGACGACCGUUCUUGUGCCCGACAACUACGACAAUGACAAGCUGGUCGUGGCUGGUGUGUAUGAAGACUCGUACUCGAGCGACUGCGCGCCCAGCAAGCGUCUCGCCUCGGGCAACAACAUUUUCAAGAACGUGGCCAUUUCGUACCAGGAGAUGUUCUACACUACGCUUCUUCACGAGGGCUGGGUGGUGACUGUGCCGGACCACGAAGGUCCUCACAGCGCCUUUACCUCGGGUCGUCUGGAGGGCCAUGCUAUCCUUGAUGCCAUUCGUGCGACGCUCAAGUACGAUACGCUCGGUCUCGACUCGAACAGCAAGGUGGUCGGCUACGGCUACUCGGGUGGUGCUUUGGCGACGGGCUGGGCGGCUGGUCUGCAGCGCAAGUACGCGUCGGAGCUGAACGUCGUCGGUUGGUCUCUGGGUGGCACUGUGGCCAACAUGACCCGCUGGCUCAACUACAUUGAUGGCACCUCGGGCGCUGGCUUUGCGGUGGCGAGUGUGGGUGGCUUGUCGUCGACGUACCCGGAGCUUUCGUGGAUCCAGGACUCGCUUACCCAGCAGGGUGAGGCUGCGCUGGACCGGUCGUCGCAUCUGUGCAUGUACGAGAACCUGUGGGCCAUGUCGUACAAGAAGUUCCUCUCGAACGAGUACUUUGAGGGUGGCGACGACUUUUUCGUGAACGACCAAGUUCGUGAGGUUUUGCAGAAGCUUGACAUGGGCCGCUACAGCAUCUACGCCCCGACGGCCCCCGUCUUUAUGUUCCAUGCGACACACGACGAGGUGGUGCCGUACAGCAUGGCUGCUGACACGGCGAACGCGUGGUGUGACCAGGGCUCUCAAGUCCGUUUCCUUACUGUGACAGGCCUGGAAAUGAGCCACACCAACACGGAGCUGCUCAACCUGCCGAACGUCCUGUUCUUCAUGCGUGAUCGCUUCAACGACAAGCCAUGGGGCGACCGCUGCCAGCGCGACAGCAUCUCUGACCCGAUCCUCAACCCCUUGUCGCUUGGUCAGUCGCUUACGCAGGUGGUGCAGCAGGUGAUUGAUCUCCUGGGCACUCGUAUUGGCCCGGCCGACUCGAUCAUGAACGCCAAGAUCUCGAGUCAUCAGAUCCCGUAA